AUGUCCGAAUCACAAAUCCACCCACUGGACGGUUCUCAAUGGGAGGUCCUGAUGGACUUCCAUGACCGAUACAUUCAGCGUUUUGAGCGACGCAUCCGUCUGCUGCAAGAAUCAACAUUUUACACCGUGGGUUACUGGAAUCUGCGAGCACUCCCCCGAAUAGCAGUUAGCCUUGAAAACUUAUGCGACAUUCUCGGGUCAAUUGUACGCCGGGUGGAAGCUUUGCAAGAGCAGCUCACAGACAUACAGAUUGAAGAGCAGGAAGAUGCAGAAACUUUUCAGCGGGUGUGGGGAGACUGGAACCCAUGA